AAUCACGAUUCGUCGGACCGUAUAAAUCCCAGGGUUUUUUUGUCAUUUUACGACCGCUCUAUCUCUAUAUAUUCACGUCUCCUUUGUAGUCCCACCUGUUGUUGCUUGUUGUCGCUUGUCUCCUUGCAAAAAAGGCUUUAUCGGAUCUUUAUUCUGCGCUUUCGCUCUCUUUGUCUCUCCCCCCAUGCAGAUCGCAUCGUUUCUUCCCGCUGAGAACUGUUUUGUUUUCCCGGCGACGGCGAGAAGUGUCAAUUUCGCCUGCAGCGGAUCGCUUUUGAACCCUUCUACAAGGACUUUGGCCUCCGUCCAGACGCUAAACCCAGCCACAUCCACCGAAACGAAGUUCAGCCAUUACAGUAUUUCCACCAACUCCGCACGCACCCACCUCGCCAACUUAGAAAAGUUGCUUCAGAAGAAUUCCCCACCACCUCUAUCCAAUCAAGAGGUCUUCCACAAAACUUCUGGCAAUGGGUCACUUGAAAACAAGGGAAGGCCUCUGUUAGAAGGCCUGAACAUAUCCAGGAUAUGGGAAGGGCCGAGGACCACCGAGGAGAUGUCGCCGAGACAUAUGAACCGACUAAAACGACUCCUAUCUAAAACGCCCGAAUAUUCACCUAGGAACAAUCUCGGUAAACGAUGGCCGGAGUAUCACGGCAGCAACGAUUGGGCCGGCCUCUUGGACCCGCUCGACGAGAAUCUCCGCCGUGAGGUGGUCAGAUACGGCGAGUUCGUUCAAGCGGCGUAUCAUGGUUUCCAGUCUAACCCCUCCACGUCAGAAGGCGAGUUUUCCAUGCCUCGCAACGUAGCCUUACCAGACAAAUCAUACAGACUAACCAAGAGCCUGUACGCCACAUCAUCAGUCGGGCUACCCGAGUGGGUAGACAAUGUGGCGCCAGAUCUCCGGUGGAUGACUCAGAGGACCAGCUGGAUCGGGUACGUCGCGGUUUGCGACGACAGGAAGGAGAUCUCACGGAUGGGAAGGCGAGAUAUACUAGUCUCUCUCCGUGGAACUUCUACGUGUCUCGAAUGGGCCGAGAACUUCAGGGGACUCCUGGUUCAGGUCCCUGGAGACGAUUCCGAUUCCGAGGACUCCGGCUCGUCCAGCCACGGCCCGAGCCCGCCCAAGGUGGAACAGGGAUUCUGGAGCCUGUACAAGACCAGUGGGACGGACGUGCCAAGCCUGGCGGAAUCAGUUGUGGAAGAGGUGCGUAGACUGAUGGAGGUGUACAAGGGCGAGAGCCUGAGCAUCACGGUCACGGGCCACAGCCUAGGCGCGGCCUUGGCCUUACUGGCCGCGGACGAAUUAAGUACAUGCGCGCCGAGUAUGCCCCCGAUUGCAGUUUUCUCGUUCGGCAGCCCGCGCGUAGGCAACCGGGGCUUCGCCAAUCGGAUCAGAAACAAGGGCGUGAGGGUGUUGCGUGUGGUGAACUCACAAGAUGUGAUCACAAAGGUUCCGGGAAUGCCGGUGGUGGGAGAAGGGCUUGAGAACACGCCAUUGUCAUACUCGGACAUAGGGACGGAGCUGAGGGUGGACAGCAAGAUGUCGCCAUAUCUGAAGCCCAACGCCGAUGUUGCAUGCUGCCAUGACUUGGAGGCAUAUCUCCAUUUGGUGGAUGGGUUCUUGGCAUCAAAUUGCCCAUUCAGAGCAAACGCCAAGAGAAGUCUUGUGAGGUUGCUCAAUGAGCAAGGCUCCAAUGUGAAGAAACUGUAUAUAAGCAAAGCCAAGGACUUGAGAUUGAACGUGGAAAAGCAGCAGGCACAAUUUACAAUCCCUACUUGUAGUUUACCAAGUCCGUCAUGAUUCAUGAUUCUCAAUUCUUAUUUCGUUAUUCAAACAGGUAUAUAGAUGCAUCUAAUACCAACAGAAAGAUCCUCAACCCUGUAAGAUCCUUCAGUUCAAUAGAGAAAAACAAUCUUUCAACGGUACUCAAAUGUUUUCACUUUUAA